AUGGGGAACAAUCCACAAGAAUCGGCGCCGGUGAAACUGCCGCUGGCCCCUAUACUCUCAACUCCACCUUCCGACCACCGGAGACCCAGCCCACAGCAACCUAGCCCUCCGCUACCGCCGCCGCCUCCGCCGCCACAGCAGCAUAGCGACGGUGGCUCCCCAGGUCCAGAUCCAGAUCCGGAUCCGGCCACCGCAAGCGCCUCCAACCCAAAGGAACCCCCGCCUGCCGUCAUGUACAAGGAAUGCCUCAAGAACCACGCGGCCAGCAUGGGUGCCCACGUCGUCGACGGGUGCGGCGAGUUCAUGCCCGGCGGCCAGGACGGCACGCCGGAGGCCCUCCGCUGCGCCGCGUGCGACUGCCACCGCAACUUCCACCGGAAAGAGCCCGACAGCGUGAACAACCUCCACCCCGGCGCCAACAACAGCCACCGCCGGAAUCCAUCCUCGGCGCCUCCUCCACACCUCAGUCCCCACUACACCAUGGUCAGCUUCGGUGGAGGGGAGUCGUCCAGUGAGGAUCUCGACGCCCUUCAGGCCGGUGGCGGCCACACGGCGGCAGUAUCGUCAUCGGUUUCAAAGAAGAGGUUCAGGACGAAAUUCAAGCAGGAGCAGAAGGAGCGUAUGCACGAGUUUGCCACCAAACUCGGCUGGAGGAUUCAGAAGCAAGACGAGGCCGAGGUGCAGCAGUUUUGCACCCAAAUUGGGGUUCAAAGGCAGGUGUUCAAGGUUUGGAUGCACAACAAUAAACAAGCCAUCAAGAAACAAAGAGACUCAGAUCUGAGUAGCCAUAAAUAA